AGCGCUUUUUUGGUAUUUCUCGCCAUAUACGGUCACACUUUCGCACUGUGGAUUUUUCGCAAUUUGAUAUUAAUUUUAUUCGAUCGGCACGGGCAAAAUGUUUUGCACACAGAUCGACAGGCCCUAAGCCCUUCAAGUCGAGCUCGAAUCCGUUUGCACCUGCAACCUCUCACCUGCGCAGGUGAGAAGCAAGGAAAGUGAGGCAAAGCCAUCCGAGCCCUGGUGAAACAGAGGCGGCGAAGGAGUGACGAAGUAGGGGGAGGAGCAGAGGCGGCGGAAGGCAAAAGACUUUUAAGGCGAACCAACACAAAAGCCAGGUAACUAAAGGGCCAUUUACCUUUAAUUUUGCAGGCAUGGAGAGUCCUUGUGAAUCGGAGAGUUCGCUGGAUGGCGGCACCAUGCUGCCACCGAGUCCAGUUUCCCGGGAGCAGCUCCAGAAGAGGAUCGAAUCGCUGACUCAGCAGAACAAGGUGCUGAAAGCCGAGCUGGACACCUUCAAGACCAAGUGCAAGGUGGUGCAGGAGGAGAAUCGAUGCCUCAAACAGGCCUCUGUCAUAAUUCAAGCCAAAGCCGAGCAGGAGGAGGAGUACAUCUCAAAUACGCUACUGAAGAAGAUCCAGGCCCUCAAAAAGGAGAAGGAGACACUGGCGCAUCACUACGAGCGCGAGGAGGAGUGCCUGACCAACGAUCUCUCCCGGAAGCUCGACCAGCUGCGCCAGGAGAAGUGCAAGCUGGAGCAGACACUGGAGCAGGAGCAGGAAUGCCUCGUCAACAAGCUGAUGCGCAAGAUCGAGAAGCUCCAGGCGGAAACGGAUAACAAGCAAACGAACCUCGAGCAGCUGCGCCGCGAGAUGGUCGAGCUGGAGAACACACUCGAGCAGGAGCAGGAGGCUCUCGUAAACAAGCUGUGGAAGCGCAUGGACAAGUUGGAGACCGAAAAGCGUUCGCUGCAGAUCAAGUUGGAUCAGCCCGUAUCCGAUCCGACCACGCCACGAGACAUCACAAACAAUGCCCAUGCCAACGGCGGCGAUACGGCCACCAGUUUGAGUGCCCAUAUCCAGACUCUGCGUUCCGAAGUGCUUCGCUAUCGCUCCGACCUGGCCGCUGCCCAGAAGGAGGCCACCAUCAAGACUCAGCAGUAUGCGCAGGAGGAGAAGUCCAUACGCGAGGAGAACGCCCGUUUGCAGCGCAAACUAAAGCAGGAGGUGGAGCGCCGUGAGGCCCUGUGCCGGCACCUCUCCGAGUCGGAAUCCUCGCUGGAGAUGGACGAGGAGCGAUUCUACAAUGAGAACCUGAUGGCGGGUGGUUCCUUUGCGGCGGCAGCGGCGGCCGCAGCCUCGGCGGUCAGUGCCCAGCGUCAGCGAACCAUCAGCAGUCCCGUCUCCCACAGUCCCUCGAGCAGCCGGCCCCUUAGUCCGGGCACGGCGGUCCAAAACCGCUGCUAUGCCUGCGGCCAGCUAGUGAAUCGUCGCGCCAGCGAGCGCUUCAUCAAGCCAGCACUGCCAACGCCCAUGCUGGGCCUAAACACUUCCGCACCCAACGUGCUGACCUCCACGAACCCGCUGCUCGGCAUUCUGGGCACCGGCAGCUCCUCCUCGUCGGCGUCCGUGUCAGCCGGGAAUGCCGCUGGCGGCUUUCUCUCGAAUCUAGGCGGCGAUCGUCUGAGCCUGGGUUCGAUGUCCUCUGCAGGCGGCAGUGCCACCUUUUUGGCUGGCGGUGGCGGAGGAGGCUUACUGGCCCAGCUGACCGGCAACUCCAGUGCUUCGUCGUCGUCGUCCAACCUGAUGAACAUCAGCCUGAACAACUCGUCCAGCGGCAACCUGGUCAACAGCAGCAGCAACUCCUCACUGUCGGCAUUCACGCCAACCAAUCCGCCCAGCUCGGCGGCCACGGCCUUCAUCCAGCCGGCCAGUCCCAUGGACACGUCCACCUGCAAGGAUUAGGCGGAUGCAGUUGCUCUCCUACGGGGAUACAGAAAACAAAAUCAUGACUUAUUUACACUUUCACACACUACACGAAAACACACUCUAUUCAUAAACACGCACGCAUGCAAGCAACCAGUUUAACGACCCUAAAAACAUAAGAAAACACACAGAAACAAAAGAUGGGAAAGUAACUAUCGUAAGCUUCUCCAAGGCGCGACUCAAAGUCGCUUCAUUUAUAUAUGGUUAAUAUGUAUAUGUAUGUUCUAUUUGAUCAAAAUCUCUUAAAACCUUUCAAUAUCGGAAUUCCUAGGCGAACGAAUAUUUAACGCUAAUGUUUAAGAUUUGAAUGUUUUCUACUUUCGCUCGGUUCCAGUUAAAGUUAAGUGAAACACAGCAGAUAAUGAGGAUAUGGAGGAUUCGGAGGAUGUAGAGGAGGAGAAUGGACAGCGCAGGCUAGCCAGAUCGUAUGAAUUUAUAAAAAGCGGUGAAUUCUAUUCAUGUCGAAACCAUUUUCCCACAAUUCCUUCGCAUGUGGGCCUAAAAUUUUGAAGUAUGUUUAUGUAAGCCAACAAAAAUAAAGUUCAACAAUUUAAAAU